AUGUCCAGACAAUUCUCUGCAGAGCAAUUCCAACUUUCAACAGAACUAGGCCGGGGCGGUUUUGGUGUUGUUUAUCUAGCACAGGACUUAGUGACCCACAAACAAGUUGCAAUCAAGCAAAUCGAUUUAGAGACCCAGGAAUUAUCCGAAAUCCAACAAGAAAUUCACAUGUUAUCCACUUGCCGACAUCCCAACAUCACCCAAUAUUACGGAUGUUUUACGAAAGGCUAUAAAUUAUGGAUUAUUAUGGAAUAUCUUGGCGCCGGUUCUUGCUCAGAUUUACUAACAGCCGGCCCAUUCAGUGAAGAAAUAAUUAGCUAUAUGAUGAAAAAUACUUUAAAUGCGUUGGUGUACUUGCAUGAUCAGGGAAAGAUACAUAGAGAUAUCAAAGCCGCUAACAUAUUAGUCGGCUUGAAUGGUGAAGUCAAGUUGGCGGAUUUUGGUGUUGCAACUCAAUUAUCAAAUAACAUGAGUAAAAGGUUGACAUUUGUUGGUACUUCUUAUUGGAUGGCACCUGAGAUUAUCAACCGUGAAGAGUACAGCUUCAAGACUGAUAUUUGGAGUUUAGGAAUAACUGCAAUUGAGAUGGCAUAUGGGAAACCACCCUUUACCGAGUUUGAUAAUAUGAAAGUCUUGUUUAGAAUCACUAAGGGGCCACCGCCAUCCCUUGAUUCUGGAUUUUCAGAAGAGUUCAAAGAUUUUGUUAAUAAAUGUCUUGCUAAGGAAGUCCUUGAACGUGCAGAACUGAAGGAACUAGUCAAUCAUAAAUUUCUCAAGCUGGGAUCUUCGAUUAAUAGUAAAGAUAUCAGGAAACUACUUGAGAAGAAGUGGAAUUGGGAUUUGGAAACCGGGAAUAUAAAGAGAAACUAUUAUCAGCCUACCCUACUUGAACAAGAAGAAAUAGCAUCAUUGAACCUGGAUUCAGAGUUAGAGACACCAGUAGCUAGAAAUCGAAAUAAAACGAUGAAAUGGGAUUCAAAUAAUGACCUUGAUACCCUAAGAGAAACUCCCAAAUUAACGGCACGCAGUAUCGAUAUUGUACCUCAAUCGCCUUUGAAACAAGAUAUUCAUACAUUUUCCAUAGAACAACGGGAGAAGGAAACACUAAUGAGAAAAGAAAUGAUUGGUAUAAUGAAUCAGACAUUUACGAAAAUAACCCAGAAGUAUAAUUUAUCAACAUCACAGUAUGACCAACUAGUUAAUUUCCAGACUUUAAUGGUGAAUUCCUUUUUUAACUAUUCUGAUUUAGUAUAUAGAGACAUUUUUAGCAAAUUCUACAAACUGUUUGUGAAAAGAGCCAUGAGGAGUGAGAAUGAGGACUUAAAAAAGCUGUUGCUGCCCAAAUACUAUUUACAUGAAGAAGUUGAACUUGAAAAAUAUAGAGAAAAUAGUGAAAAAAGGAAAGGAUCAAAUAGUAACGGAUCUGCACAGGCUAAAGACAUAAAGUAUGAUCCUAUGGAGAAGUUAUUGUUGAGAAGGUGGAAGGAGUCAAUGUUGAAAAGUAGUAAGGAAAAAACAAAACAUUCUAAAAGCGGUAGUAAUGAAAAUUAA